UCUCACUUCCUGGCUACAGCGGUGGUUGAGAGGCGACGGAGCUCCUAGGCAGGAGAAGGGCGGCAUGGGCUGGGACCUCGCCUGGGCCUCUCUCUGCCCGCGGGGAGCCUCCACUCGAGGCCAGGCGGCUCUGCUCUGGCAAGGAUGAACAGAAUGAAGGUUGAUGAGGAAGAAUAUUGGCACAGUUCCAAAUGUAAGGCUUUCACUUUUGAUGAUGAGGAUGAUGAGCUCUUUCAGCUGAAGGAAUCCAAGCGAGCAGUGAACAGCCUCCGAGAUAUUGUAGAUGAUGAUGAUGAUCUUGAGAAGAUCACCUGGAGUGGGGAGCCUGUGGGCAGCAUUUCUUGGUCCAUCAAAGAGACUGCCUCUAGCAACAGUAUUACCUCUGAAGGAAGAGAUGUAAGUCUACAAAAGGGCUCCUCUGGUGUUCCCAAACAAGCCUCCUCUUACUCACUGAGCAGCUUUUUCAAAGGAAGGAACAAACAUGGAAGCUUUCAGUCACUUUCAGAUGCUCUUACAGACACAGGAUUUAAAAAUUAUGCCCCAGAACUGCGCAGGCCAAAAGCAGAUUACAAGGAUUAUAGCAGUGACUGGAGUCCUAAAGACACAGUAAGACGACUGCAGAGAGGAAAGGUCUGCUCCCUCGAAAGGUUUCGCUCUUUGCAGGACAAGUUGCUGCUGCUGGAUGAAGCUGUUGCAGUACACGAUGGGAACGUUAUUACAGCCAUUUUAGUAUUUCUGAAGAGGACCUUGAAGAAAGAGAUCUUAUUUAGAGAGCUGGAGCUACGGCAGGUGGCUUUGCGCCAUUUAAUACAUUUUCUGAAGGAAACGGGGGACCAAAAACUUCUCUUGGACUUGUUAAGGUUCCUGGACAGGACUGAGGAAGUUGCUCUGACACAAUAUCGUGAACACUUGAAUAUUGCAGAUGCAGAGAAACGAAAAGAUUUUCUGAAAGGCUGCAUUGGGUUGUCAUUUUCAUCUGAUGAUGCUGCUCAUGUACAAGAUCAUUAUACACUCCUAGAGAGGCAAAUCAUUAUUGAGGCGAAUGAUAAGCAUUUAGAGUCAGUUGGACAGACGGAGAUAUUUCGAAAAUACCCUCGCAAGGCCUCAAUCCUAAACAUGCCGCUGGUCACCACGCUGUUCUACUCCUGUUUCUACCAUUAUACGGAGGCAGAGGGCACCUUCAGUAGUCCUGCAAACUUGAAGAAAACCUUUAAGAUUCCAGACAAACAAUUUGUGCUGACCGCCCUGGCGGCUCGUGCCAAACUGCGAGCUUGGCAUGAUGUGGAUGCUUUGUUCACCACUAAGAACUGGCUGGGUUACACCAAAAAAAGAGCUCCUAUUGGUUUCCACCGGGUGGUGGAGAUCUUACAGCGAAACAAUGCUCCAGUUCAGGUUCUACAGGAAUAUGUGCGCCUAGUGGAAGACGUAGAGAUGAAACUGAACCUUGCUGUAAAAUACAAGUGCCAUGAUGUGGUUAUAGAUACAUACAGAGACCUGAAGGACCGUCUCCAGUUGAUGGCAUAUAGAUGUAAAGUUGAGCGAGGGUCUCCAGCAGAGGAGAAAAUUGAUAAUAUCCUCAGCAACCUGCAAAUCCGAUGGAAGAAUUGAAAGAUGCUUUUUGAGCUCAGGCCCAGCCUGAUUUCCUGUGGCACAACAAAGCCAAAGAGGACAACUGCCAGGAACAGCUUGCCAUUGCUUUCAAGUCUCUGUUUGGUCUGCCUCUUGCCAGCCGGCACUGCCUUUGGAUCCUGGGACAGAAGCAGACAAAACCACAUGUUGAAUCAAUGGAAUACAAGGCUAAAAAGUUGAUGUCAAUAUUCCUUCUUGACAGCGUGGCUUCAUAAUGAAUGUACAAUCUUGUACAUAUGACACACAACAAUUGAAUUAUUCUACUAUGCGAAGAUUAUUUAUCUGUUCAUCUGCAAAGAUAAGGGCAGCUAGUAAUGGAAGAAUCGUACAUGUACAAUAAUUGUUUCCAGUCCCUCCACCGCAUCCAGGUUGAAAGCUGAGGACAAUGGCUGCUCUUUCAGGAUGAAAAACUCUGGACUGGACAGUGUUGUUGCCUUUAGUACAAAUUUAACAAGAUUAUUGGGAUUCUUAUUUAACCUGGGAAAUACCAUGGAGAUAAUCCUGCUCAUGUUUCCCUGUUCAAAGACAUCCUGCUCAAAUUUCUUUAGAUCUAUGUACAUUAACAACAUAAUCUUUUAGCCAAUAAGAACUUAAAAUCACUUCCAAUUAGAGACUUCUUUGCGUAUUGAGCAACUGAAACAAUAUUACUCCCAAAAAAGAACUGAUAUCCCUUGAUAUUAAUGCCCCAAGCUAUGCUCCGAGUCUAGAUCCUUUUUCUAGGCUCAUUUCUGUUAAUGGGGUUCAUUACUGGACCCUUUUUAUCCUGUUUUUCAUAUUUGUAAAUAAAGCUUUGCAUCCCGUGUCUGUA